GGCUUCAAACUAUUGAUAGUUCGAUCCAACAAGUGGAGGAAGAGGUUGCAUGUUUUGCCCUGUGAAAUGUCAGGAAGCGCUACGAACAGGCAUGAGAUCCUCCAAAAAUGAUGCCAUAUCCCUUCCUCAAAGAGUUGAUGCUUCUAUGUUGGGUUUUAUACUUAACUAUUGUCGAUUUCACCAAGUACCAGGUCGAUCCAACAAGGCCUGAAACCUUCUCAUUCUUGGGUGAAUAAGAACGCGCCACACCAUCCCCCCAUCCCGUGGUCAACCCAGGGAGGGGAUCUUUUCAUGGUCUUCAUAUUGUUUUCUAAGUCUGAGCUGUUUUUAACGAAAUUUAGUUACUGUAAUUUGGACUUGGGCUGCUGCUUUCUCCUCAUCUGCAAUCAAGCAGGAUCAGCUGAUUUACACCAUUUGUCUUGCAAGUUGCAAUACAGCAAGAAUAUGCUUUAUAUGCUGAUUAUUGAAGCAAGUGUUUCUUCAAUAAAAAAGGUUCCUGUUUAGUGACGAAUUGAGUUUGAUUCUUCUGUAUAUCUAGAAGAGGAAAACUUUUGAUUAGAAUUUUUUCCGGUGAGGUACGAAGAAACUAUGCGAGUUGACAUCUGCUGGCUGAUCUGACCAGUCGUGCACUUGCCCAGAUGAUUGAAGGAAAAACUCCAGAGGAAAUAUGUGAAACCUCUCAUAUACCUGAUGAUCUGAUAGAGGUGGAGAAGUUGGAAACCUUGAGAAAUAUAACUGAUGAUCCACGUAUCAGACUUCUGAAUCGAUUAUAUGCUAGAAAAAGGAAAGAAUUAAAAGAGAGACAGAAUCUAAAGAAUAUUGAGGUUGAAGAAGAGCAAUGUGUGGAUGAACGCUCAGCUGAUGAUCAUUUGUCAUUUGUCAAUGCUGGAAUUGGAGGCAUUGCUAAUUGGCAAUCCAUUCUAUUCAAUGAAGACUUCCUUCUUGAAUGUCAUAUAAUUGACAUUUUUUACUCCUCCAUGAUGUUUAAGUCUCCUUGAUGAAUCCACAAGUCGUCGAAGAAUUGCUGUCUCAGCUAGUCAGUCGAAGUUUCAAGUUCUUGAAAUUUCAAAUGGUUCAAUUUAUGUUCUGGCUUCAGUAUUUACUAUAUUAAUUUCCUUCCUGAUCUAUAAGUUGCACUUUACAUGCAUUCACAUUCUCUUUGUUAUCCUAAGGAGAAUGUUAUUGGUAUUCCUUGGAUAAGCUUAUUGUCCAUGAGCUAUCUGACUGAAACUUUGAAGUUAUAAACAAAUUUUAUUUUUCCGAAAAUGUUCAUGUUCUAAACU